GCACUAAGGUGUGAAGCAAAGAGGUUCCUUUCAAGCACCAUUCGCCCCCUCCAGAUGACCGGCUAGCGUCUGCCUUACCUGCACCCGUGCUGCUGCCACUGCUGGUUAGCAUGAUGGGCGACGCGCUCGCAACUGCGGGCCGAGCGCCGGACGAUUGCAGGGACGCGACCGAUGAAAGCACCCUCGAUGGUCUCAUCGCUUCCUUGCGCAUCGCCGAGCUGCCGUCAUUGUACGGCAACAGCAGUUCGUCAGCGUCUCCGCUGGGGGAGCCAGCUAGCUAUCAACAAAUUCAGGAGCAUCAGCAGCAACUCUAUCUCGACUCGGCCGGCAUGCCUCCCUCACCCAUUUCCGCCACCCGCCUGUUUGAAGCGGACAUGGCGCACAAUUUCUUCGCCAACCCGCACUCACACAGCCCUGCAGCUGUGAGAACGGUGGAGAUGAUCGAGGUGACCCGGGAUAUGAUCUUGCAAGAGCUCUUCUGCCUACCCAAGUCUUCAAUGCGCAAGUAUGGCGGCAAGGGCAAAGCCAAGGAGGAUCCCCGUGCAAUCGACGGCUGCGGCUGGGAACUCGUCUUCACCUCGGGCGCAACUGCCUCUCUAAAGCUUGUGGCAGAGAGCUUCGAUUUCGGCCCCAGCAAUACUGCUGACGACGAGCGAGGCCAGUUGCUGCAUCUCCUCGAGUCACACACCUCUGUCGUCGGUUUGCGUGGCAUCGCCAAAGAGCGAGGGGUACGCAGCGCCGCCUGCGACGAAGACGAGAUGCCUUCGCUUGUCGCGUCUCUCGAUAGCGAGAGAAGCCUUGCAGUGGCCCCACUACAGUGCAACGCGACAGGUCGACGCUUCCAUGUCCUCCUCGAGAAGCUUGGCGGCCACCGCACGAAAGUGCUCGUCGACGCAGCAUCGUACCUUUCCUCAUCUACGCGCCUGCCUCUUCCCGCUCCCUCCGACGAAGCUGCAUAUGAGCGCGCACCCGACUUUAUCGCCUUCUCCUUCUACAAAAUAUUUGGCAUGCCGACGGGCUUGGGCGGCCUGCUCGUCAAGCGCACCUCCGCUUUGUCGCUCUCCUGCAAGCCCUAUUAUGGUGGCGGUACGCUCUCGUUGCUCUUGCCACGCUCUGGUCGGGGUGUCCCACGCGCUGGGCUUGCGGAUCGGAUGGAAGAUGGAACUAUCAAUUUCCAUGGUGUACUGGCGCUCAAGCAUGCGCUACAGGCGCACGAAACGAUGCUAGGCAACUGGGCUGCUAGGCAGAGACAUAUUUGCCACCUGACCAGAGAGCUGUAUGCAGGCCUCUCACGCUUGCGACAUUACAACGGGCAAAGAUUGGUGCAUCUUCUCAGCAGAAGCGAUGCCUCACGCGCCUUCCUGCAGCAAGCACACUGCUCCAUGCAUGCGGCGGAUCAAGGGCCUAUAGCUGCUUUCCUACUGUUGCUGCCCAACGGUCAACGCGUGGCAACAUCAGAGAUAUCGCGUAUCGCUUCUCUGCGCAAUGUCCAUCUCCGUGUCGGUCGCCAUUGCAAUGCUGGUGUUGCGCUCACACACACCCUUGCUGCAGACGUAGCUGCGAUUGCCGAUCAAGAGACAGGCAACCGAGAGCGAAUGUGCGACGAGCAAGGAUUAUGGGACAUUUGGCAACGCGGGACAGGCUGUGACAAUGCUGAGGGCGUCGAUGAUGAGGCGAGCUCCGUGCGCGUCAGCCUCAGUGUCUGGAACACCCUCGCGGAUGUCGAUGCCCUUGUUUCCUUCCUCAAAACUUACUUUCUCAUCGAAGCGCCACCUAUGCAAACACUCUGCGACACCGACGCCACCACAACCACCCGCUGGCCAUCGAGAUCCAGCGCAAUUGGCGAACGCGAGCUGAAAUGUAUCACAUUGUACCCCAUCAAAUCGUGCGCGGGCCAAGAGGUGCAGGCGGGCCAGUCAUGGCCGUUGACGCCGCACGGCCUCCUGCAUGACCGAGAAUGGUGCAUCGUCGAUGCCGGCACCGGAAAAGCGCUGAGCCAGAAGCGAGUGCCAAAGAUGGCGACGAUCCGCGCACGUGUCGACAGGGAGAGGGAGCUGCUUCAUGUCACUUUGCCGUAUGUUGACGGCGCAGACGGAGACGGAGACGCGACAGAGCUGACAAUCGACAUGAAGGACAGCGGUGCGGAGGACGAAGAAGGAGAGGAAGUCCGAGUUUGUGCCGACGUUGUCCGCCCUAGACUCUACACCAAUUCGCACGUCGUGCAUGCAUUCUCGAGCUUUUUGCAGCGCGACUGCACCCUCGCUCGUCUACCGCCGCAAUCCGCCUCGCGUCACGGACAUUUCGACGUGAGCUUGAUCGAGGCCGGCAGCAGCCUAGCACAUCCAUCCGCACACGGUCUGGACGGCCCAGUGCCGCGCCACGUUCCGAUCCUGCUCUCGAACGAGAGCCCGUUCUUGCUGAUCAACGAGGAGAGCGUGAGGCAGGUGAUGGGCUGGAUGGCACAAGACGGAUUCGACGUGCAGGGGACGGCGCUGCAGAUUGCACGACGCUUCAGAGCCAAUUUUGUCGUUGGAAUAAGGGCAAUUGCGAGUGCUGGCGCCGAUGCACCGCUGCCAGAGUACCUGCCCUUGCCAUCUGCUUCCUGUGGAGAGGGCUCGGAGGACACGAGCGAGGACAGUCACACGGUCUCCUCGCCGGCCACGUCACCGCCAGUCUCACGUCCGUCAUCGCAAGCCGGACACGAUGGAACGAGCAAGGCGGGCUGCUUCCAGUUCUUCGCCGAAGACUCAAUGAAGCGCGUGGAGAUUGGCGAGCACGCCUUUGCGUCUCUCGGCGCGUGCCGUCGCUGCGAGAUGGUCGCUGUGGAUCAAGUGACGGGCGAGAGGAGGCCCGAAACGCUGCUCAGCUUGGCCAGGCGGCGCAGGAGCGAACAAGGCAGGGUCGAAUUCGGCAUGCAUCUUUGCUGGCUCCCCGUGGUUCACGAUAUAGCGGCGCGAGUUCCAAGCGUGCACAUCGGCAUGGCUGCAAACUUCAAGUGAGAAACACUCUUUGCUCAUUCGCGUUGUACUGUACAUAAAUCCACGGGAUAUUCCCACUUGCAGCUUGAGCUCUUCCAGUCAUAUUACAUCA